CUGGGAAGAAGAAAGGAAAGCAGCUGAAAGGCACCUCCAAGCUGGUCAUCGGCCUGGCGACUGACGAUGCCAAGAAGAAGAAAGGGGCCAAGAAGGAGCAAGCCAAAGCCCAGCUGAAAGGGGCCACCAAGGCCAUGGCGAUAGCCAAGAAGGAGGAUCCGCCCCCUAGGAGGCGGAGCUUGAAGAGCACGUCCAAGUUCUUGAUGGGCUUCGGAGGGCUGGGCCCAAAGAAGAGCCGCAAGAAGGGCCAGUUCAAGAACGCCUCCCGCUUCUUCUGGGGGCUGAAGAAGCACAGCACCACCAAGAAGUCCAAGAAGAACAAGGGCAUCCUCAAGUCCACCUCCAACAUCAUGAUGCGCUUUAAGUCCCUUGGGAAGAAGAAGAAGAAGGAGAGGAAGAAAGAGGCGCCGCCCAAGACUGAGAAGAAGAAGUCGACCUUCAUGCUGAUACGCUUUGGCGGUGGGACAGCUACAGGCAAAGGGUUAUUUGGUGGCCUGUGCCGGAAGAGGAAGGGGGACGCCAACUUCAAGCCCCGGGCCGAGAUCGUCAGCAACAUUGCAGCUGCAACCAGCUGGCUGACCAGGAGAUUCUUGGCCAAACACGGCCGGUGCACCUGUGAUGGAAAAGUCACCAAUGAAUCCUGGCUGACCAAGAUUGGAGCCAAGAAGCUGCCCUUCCCAUCGGGGGAUGAGGUUCUGAAGCACAAAGCUAACAUGAGGAAGACCCCUGGAGGCAACAGCACCCUCUAUGGCCAAGCCCAGGAAGAGUUCGGCUACUGGGAGGAUGUGGAUUCUGCCACCCCACUGAAUUUCUACGAUGACUGCCAAGAGGAAGAUUAUUAUGACCCAGAGGCGUGUGAUGGUGAGCAUGAUGACAGGUGUCCAGCGGAUGAAGAAUCUGGACCAUUUGAGGAGCCGGUGGAGUUCUAUGAGCAAGACCAAUAUGACUAUCCUAACCGUAAUGAUCCACAUUAUGAACCCUCUGCCAGCUAUUCUCCAUACGAAUCGUAUGAUGACUUUGGAAGUGGUUAUGAAGAGCCUGAAGGAACACACGGGCCCCAUUUUGCAGGGGAAGAUGAACUGGGGUACCCUGAUGAUGGCUCCUACUCUCAGCACGAAGUCAGCUACAGCGAGCAUGAAUGGUCCCCUCAGACACAGUCUUCGUACAACCCGUAUGCUUAUCCGUUGGAUGACAUUGUGGAGACAGACGAGACGGAAGGAGUCAUGGAAGAACAGGGCUGCUACCCCUCCGCGCUCUCCAAUUCUUCCUUUUUUGAGCAGCAAGGUAUGGGAGAAAAUUUGCCUUCCAAACUGUCUGUGAAAAGAGGGUUCCGGCUUUUCCCAAGGCCUCAGGUGAAACUCUUCGGCACAGACAAGCUUGACGUCUCCCUCCCUCCUUCGCCACACAUUCCGCUUGCCAGUUUUGAUCUAGAGGAGGAGGAAGAGGAAGAAGAAUCAGAGCCCUUGACAUCUCCUUUUGCCCAGUUUGAUGAUCAGAAUCUAGAGCCUCCCAGGUCACCGAGGACUUUCUCAAAGCUGCUUCCUGGCUGUUUCGUUCGGAAGCUUCAAAGGCCUCUCUCCCCAGACUCGCCCAGAAGGCAUUUGAUCCCAGCUGCGAAUAAUCCUAGCUUCUCCCCCAGAGAAUUUGGAAGCCCUCUGGGGCAGUUCCUACAAAGAUCUCUCUCACAACCAAAGCCCAUACUCAAGCACCGCAGGGAUGGUGGACCGAGCAGGCCUACUACACCAUCUCCAAGUAGGAGAACUCUGUCUUCACCAUUAGGAGAGAGUAGGCAUAUGGGGCCACCUUCUCCUCAGCUGGGGGCAAGGCUCUCUCAAAUGCUCAGUUUAGCAUCUUCUCCUCAAUCCAUGCGGCGGUUUGGGGCUCCAGGGAGGCACGCCAGUGGCCUCGCUUCUUCUCACCCUGCAGGAAAACUACGAGAUGCUCUUCAGGAAGAGCUGCACAACACACUUCCAUUUGCCCGGUCAUCUUCCCACACAAAGACACACCAGGAAGGCCCCGGCUCACCUCAGAGGGAAUUCAGCCAAACAGCCAACUCUCCCUCUUCACUAAAACAAAGUACAAGGUCCUUCGGCUUAAAUAGGCCUCAGACUGGCUUUCACAUUCCUGAGACAAGUAACCCUUAUCAGCAGUUGUCUGGUGGCCACCAGCCCUCAAGGUCCUCCUCUUCAUGGUCAACAAUCAUGCAUGGAAGCCCUCCCCUCCAGCGGAGGAACCCACCUACUUCUGGGGCUCCUCCUUCUUUGAAGAGAGUCGUUUCACCGCCAGAAAAUGCUACUCCAUCAUGGGGACAUAGGCUGGCCGCCACGGGGAACCCAUCAGAAAAAGCCACCUUCCGCUCACCUUCAUCCCCUAGACCAACAGCACGUAAUCCUUUUAUGAGCCAACGCACUCCAUCCUCUUCUAGUUUAGGAGGAGUCAGUGGUCACAGGACCGAGACCCCUUUGAGCCAUCCUUCAUUUCAUGGCUCCGUCAAAUCCAUUACUUCCAAAUUCCAGGAUGCUAUGUUGAAUAGGACCCCUGGAAGAUUUACCUCAGCGGGCUUCCAUAAUCCCACUGGCGGGAGAUUGAAAGCCCCUCCCUCACCUCAGCCAUCUCUCAGGAAUUUUGGCUCGCCUCCCAUCCAAAACCCCUUUCAGCCGCCAAGGAGAACGAGCCCCCCGUCUGUGGAUGCUCAAGGCAUGCUUCCCCAAGCUUGGAGCAGGCAGCAAGAGCCCCCGACCAAAGCCGUGAAACCGUUAAUGAGAAACCAGUUCAUGAGGCAGUUCGGCUCCCAGUCCCCCAAUUUGUCUGCCAGGAGCUCCCCUCACAUGUUUACGCAGCAAGGGGGGCGGAGGGUCACCAUCAGGGAGUCUCCAAGAAACUCGUCUCCUCUCACUGAGGCUUUUGAUGGUGCCAAUGGACCAGGAGAGGAUCAAUGGCUAGAGCAGCAGCAGCAGCAGAGGUGGGACCGUGUUUCUGGAAAGGGAAGGCCAGCAGCCUGGAAUCCCUCACCCAAGACAAGAGCCGCUGGAAGCCUGAGGAGCCUUUCGAAUCUGUCUGUGCCCUCAAGUCCUGUUCCCAGCACCCGGCAGGCCUACCUGCAGCGCGUCGGACAGCCCUUAGCUGGGAUGGCCCAGGCUGUUUCGUCCAUCAGGCGUCCUCUUUCACUGACAAAAAGCAGCACCAAAGAUAGGAAUGCGUCCCAGGCACGGGCUGAUCACAUCCCUGGACAGUUGCCUCCUUUUUCCAGGAGUCUAUUUUAUGAGGACGCUCCUCCUCCACCGCCUCCACCACCCCCAUCAUCGAAGCAAGCAGGGUUGGCCGGCCACUCCCGGUCACCAACUCCGAAACUGGCCCGCAAGGCCUUGGAUAGUAAUUGGUCCUACGUCAUUUCUGGGAGCAAUCCUGGUCACUUGGGAGGGCCCAACCUCAGCCCCUUGUCCCAAAGGGCAGCUUCGUUUAAGGGGCCUGCCUACAACAUGGGAAGGGGGAGCCCUUCCCUUCCGCGUUCCUCGCCCUUUCGGAAUAACCACCCGGGAAGCUGGGAAGCUGCCUAUUCGCCCGCCGAACUGCAUGAAAACGACGCGGAGGACAGCUUUGGGAGGUACGCAGUCGUCAUGCCCCAGAUCCAGCGGAUCGGCUCUUCCUUCAGGAGGAAAUCCCGCAUGCAAAACCAGAACAGCCCCAGGCACCAGGCAGCCAACGAUUGGGCCUCAGGGAGCUUCAACCCAUCGACAUCUUUCCAGGGAGGCAGUGGCUUGGCUUGGUACUUGACACGCGGUUCGACGAUGCACCACACGGAAUUUGGUGGGAUGAGCAAGAGGUGGCGGUGCAAGAUGCACACCACCCACAGCUUGCAAUGUCCAGCCCACCCACUGCAGCAUGGGGAUAAUGCUGUGGAAGACAUGACCCAGCUGGAAGACCUCCAGGAGAAUGCGGUUCUUAACAACAUCAGGUUGAGGUUUGACCGGGGACUGAUUUAUACCUAUAUAGGUAGCAUCUUAGUGUCUGUGAAUCCUUACAAAAUGUACAACAUCUAUGGGACAGACCACGUGCUGCAAUAUGAAGGGAAAGCCUUGGGGGAGAACCCACCGCACCUUUUCGCAAUCACCAAUAUCGCCUACAGCAAACUGAGAGAUGCCAAAAUCAACCAGUGUAUUAUUAUCAGUGGCGAAAGUGGUUCGGGCAAAACGGAAGCCACCAAACUGAUCCUCCGUUAUCUGGCAGCGAUAAAUCAGAAGCACACUGCAACACAGCAGAUCCUUGAAGCGACUCCUCUGCUGGAAUCCUUUGGAAAUGCCAAGACGGUGCGGAACGACAACUCCAGCAGGUUUGGGAAAUUUGUGGAACUCUUUCUGGAGGACAAUGGGUUCAUUUGUGGUGCCAUUACUUCGCAGUACCUUCUGGAGAAAUCAAGGGUCGUCUUUCAGGCCAAUAAUGAGCGGAACUACCAUAUAUUUUACGAGAUGCUGGCUGGCCUCCCUGCCCAGCAGAAGCGGAAAUUCGGCCUUCAAGAGGCAGAAACAUACUAUUACCUGAACCAGGGAGGUAACUGCGAGAUUCCUGGCAAGGUGGACACUGAGGAUUUUCACCGGUUGCUCGACGCCAUGGAAAUCCUGCACUUCACUGCCCAUGAUCAGGACAGCAUCUUCCGAAUGUUGUCUUCCAUUCUCCACUUGGGGAAUGUCUACUUUGAAAAAUACGAGACAGAUUGUCAGGAGGUGGCUUCGGUGGUGAGCGCCCAGGAGAUCCGCGUUGUGGCCGAUCUGUUGAAAAUCUCCCCUGAAGGCUUGCAGAAGUCCAUCACCUUCAAAGUGACGGAAACCAUGAGAGAAAAGAUAUACACACCCCUCACUGUCGACAGUGCCGUUGAUGCCAGAGAUGCCAUUGCCAAGAUCCUCUACUCCUUGCUCUUCAACUGGCUCAUCGACAGGAUUAACAGGCUCAUCUACCCCAGGCAAGAGACUCUGUCCAUCGCCGUCUUGGAUAUCUAUGGCUUUGAGGAUCUGGGCUUCAACAGCUUUGAACAGUUGUGCAUCAAUUACGCAAAUGAGUAUCUCCAAUUCUUCUUCAACAAGAUCGUCUUCAAGGAGGAGCAGGAGGAAUAUAUCCGGGAGCAUCUUGAGUGGAGAGAAAUACCUUUCAAUGACAACCAACCUUGCAUUGACCUCAUUGCCCACAGGCCUUAUGGGAUUUUAAGGAUCCUGGACGACCAGAGCAGUUUCCCUCAGGCCACGGAUCACACAUUUCUCCAGAAGUGUCAUUACCACCACGGCGCCAACCCGCUUUACUCCAAACCAAAGAUGCCGCUACCUGAGUUCUCCAUCAAGCACUAUGCUGGCAAAGUCACCUACCAGGUACACAAGUUCUUGGAUAAAAACUACGAUCAGGUUCGCCUGGACGUCCUGGAGCUUUUUGUCAACAGCAAAAUCAAAAUGGUGGCCAACCUGUUCUACAGCCAUGCCCAGGUGAUAGCUCAGCAGACCAUGAUGGGGAGAAGCAGCACCAGCAGGCGGAAAUAUAAGUCCCACACGGUGGCAGCGAAAUUCCAGCAGUCGCUUUUGGACCUUGUGGAUAAAAUGGAGAGAUGUAACCCUUUCUUCGUCCGCUGCAUCAAACCCAACAAUAAGAAGAAGCCAGGACUUUUUGAGCCUGACGUAGUCAGCAGCCAGCUGCGGUACUCGGGGAUUCUGGAGACCAUCCGCAUCCGCAAAGAGGGCUUCCCCGUUCGCAUCCCCUUCCAAACGUUCAUUGAAAGGUACCGCUGCCUUGUUGAUAUCAAACAAGGCAUGAUCCCUGAUGCGUGGAACAGCGCGGUAGUGCUGAAGAAGCUAUGCUCAGUCACCCCCGAUAUGUACUGCAUUGGAGCCACCAAGCUCUUCAUGAAGGAGAAUGUCUACCAGCACUUGGAAGGGAAGCGAGAACGGAUUGUCCACAUGGCAGCUCUCACGCUGCAGCGGUACACGCGCGGCUUCUUGAUCAAGAAACGCUUCUUCGCCCUCCGCCACAAGAUCAUCCUCUUCCAGGCGCGGGCCCGAGGCUAUCUUGUCAGGCAAAGGUACCGGAGGCUGCGCCGAACCCUCAUCAAGGUCAGGUGCCUGGUACGCAUCUAUGUGAAUCGCAGGAGAUACCUUAAGAGAAAGGAAGAGGAGCGUCGGAGAGCUGACGAGGAGAGGAAAAAAACUGAACAGGUACUGAGCAGACGGGAAGUGAUGAGAGUUGCAAACCUGGAAGUGCCUGCAGAGUUGGUUGGACUCCUAAACACCGUGGCUGUUCACAAGCAGAUCAAUGAAGACUGUGUCACUCCCAUCCCCCCUCCAAAGCUGCAGGCGGACCCCCAAUUCACUCUGCCCCUUGACAUCAACAAUUACCCCAUGAGCAAGUAUGUGCAGACCCACUUCAAGGAGCCACUCUUUGGGAUGCUCACAAGGACUCUGGCAUCCUCACUGACAAUGAUAGACGAGAGCCUGAGAGGAGAAGCGGUGUCCCUUUUCAAACUGAUCCUCCGCUUCAUGGGCGACCCCCACCUCAACGGCACACAGGAGGUCCUCUUUGGGAACUACAUCGUGCAGAAGGGGCUGUCGAUCCCAAGCCUGCGAGACGAGAUCCUGGCCCAGAUCGCCAACCAAGUGUGGCGCAACACCAACGUCAACAACGAGGAACGUGGCUGGCUCCUGUUGGCCUCCGCCUUCAGUGCUUUUGCGCCAUCCCACGGCCUGGAUAAAUACUUGUUGAAGUUUGUUUCUGACUACGCUUUCGACGGCUACAAGCCCAUCUGCCAGCACAAGCUCAUGCAAGCCAUGGCUCAGGCCCAGGAAGGUGCUGAAGGCGCCCGGGCCUACCCACCCACCCUGCUAGAGUGGGCAGCCAGCCGGGACAGAGUCAACAUGGCCCUGGAUGUUUACUGUUUCAAUGGAGAUCACUUCUCUUGCCCCAUCCAUUCCUGGACUACCGGAGAAAACCUUGCUGAAAAUGUACUGAAAUACAGGGGGCUUGCCGAGGGAUGGCGAGGCUGGUCAGUCGCCAUGAAGGAUGGCACCCAGUGGGCUGAGCUGGCCGGACACGACUACGUCUUAGACCUGGUGUCCGACCUGGAACUCAUCCGUGGCUUCCCAAAGCAUAAGUCCUACUUCAUUGUUGCCUCAGACGGGCCGGAGAGAAAUAUUGGCGGCAAAGCAGUAUUCAGACACAGUUUGGAUUCUGGUGAGAAGGUUCCUCCUCCGCCACUUAUGAAGGCCCCCACAGUAGCCCCCACCAACCUGCCAGACUCAGAAGGAUAUUGCAGCCACGGGAACCCACAGGAAUCAUCAUCACAUUAUGGGAAAUGCUUUUUGGCUAAUUCCCUUUUAUUUGUCUUUCUGAACCCGGAAGCAGAUUCGGACACGUUCAGCGAGCCCCGAAGCCAGAAGGGGUUGGAUCAUUACCUGGACAGCCUUUUUGACCCUGUUCUGUCCUAUGGGAAUGGGGAACUGGAGAAGCCGGCCGCCGUCUCCCACAGGAUGAAGGGAGGAGGCCAGAUCGGAGCGGGGAAUGGAGGCCAGAGCAGUGGAGACAGUGUACCAGCUGAGGGACCCCAAACAGCCGCAGCAACAAAUGAGGCCUUGUUGUUGGCACAGCAAGCUUUCCGUAACCAGCAGGAGUUGCUUCUGGCUCAACACAUGUCCCAAGUGGAGGCUCUCCGCCGACGGCAGCAGGCCGCUGUAGCAGCAUUGGCCAGUGCAACUUCACUCAGUUCAUGCCAGUACUCCAGCCCCAGUUCUCCACAGCACAGAAGCCCUUCCAGGACCCAGAGGAGCGGCACCUAUGAUGCCGGGCCUCAUGGGGGCCUACCUCCCCAGGUGAGUCUCUUAUGCGUAUAUCCCGCCUCCAGGCUGCGUGCUGGUGAGCUCGUCCGCCACUCCAAGCUGAACUCGGAGUACAUUCCGGAGCCGACACAGAACAUCCGCAACAUUAUCAAGCAGUACCAGCAACCUGCACGCAUCCCAGAGCCCAUCAGGAAGGAAGGUGGGAAAGUAUUUGUGAAGAAAAUGGAUCCCCACGAGGAAGCCUUGAUGAUCCUGAAAGGACAGCUGGCAGCCACGGAGGCACCAGCGCGGCCUGCUCAGGUCAUCAGGGAGUUGGGAGCCAAGGAGGCAGUAGCCAUGGUGAAGCCUGUGACUUGUGCCAAGGUGGCUGUGCCCUCUGCCAUCCGCCUGUCAACAGCCAUCACCAGAACUUUCCCCGAGGCCUCUCCAGUGUCGGUCUCACGUGAACUAUCAUCUGAGGAUGAACUCAUCCAGACGCGGCUUCACCGUCGUUGCAGUGAGGAGUUCUAUGCAUACCGCAAUGUCUCUUGGAAAAUCUAUCUCAGGAAAGAGGUUUUCUACCCAAAGGACAGCAUCAACAACCCUCUUGUGCUAGAUCUCCUUUUCCGGCAGAUCUUCAGUGAUACCUUGUCCGAGGCCUGCAUACGCAUCACUCAGGAGGAGAGACUCCGCAUGAAGGCCCUUUUCGCGGAAAACAAGCUGGACUCCUUUAGUCCGGUGGCCGAUGAAAGCGUCAAGAAGGAGAUCAUCAGCGUCGCCCGGGAUUGCUGGGAAGUGUAUUUCUCUCGCCUUUUCCCUGCUACGGGCAGUGUGGGCACCGGAGUGCAGAUCCUGGCUGUGUCUGACACUGGGAUCAAACUGCUGCGGCUGGUCAAGGGCACCAACUUACCUGGGGAGCAGCUCCGGGUGCUGCGGGGCUACAGCUAUGGCGACAUCCUCUUUGUGACCACUGGCUCGAAGAACAUGCUGGAGGUCAACCUCACCAACGAGAAGCUCAUCCUUUUCUCCCCCAAAGCUGCCCAAAUUAAGGCACUGAUUGACUAUUUCCUCAACGAACUCAAGAAGGAUUCACAGUACAUGGUUGCGAUCAAGAACCAUAUUACAGACGAUAAAAGCCUCUUACGGUUCCAUAAAGGAGACAUCAUUUGCCUGCGGCCAAUGGAAGGCUUGGAUCAAGACCGCUAUUUCGGCUGCGUGGUGCGGAAGAAAGUGAUGCUCCUGGAGGAUGUGAAGAAGGGCACCCAGGAUUUUGGAUGGAAGUUUGGUGCCAUCUAUGGGAAAUCGGGCUUCUUCCCUGCCGAUUGCGUCCAGCCGGUGGCAGCGCCAGAUUUUACCCACCUUCCCACGGAGAAGAAGGAGGAGCCCAGGGACAAGCAGGCCAAAGUGGCUGUCCCGGCCUCGGUGGCUGUGGCUGUUGCAUCCGCAGCCGUGGCUCAGGAGCUUGACAAGAAGACUGAGGUGUGUCUGGCAGGCAGCGAAUUCGCAGAGAGUGCAGAGGGCUUUGAGGGCGCCAAGGACGUCAGCUCACGAGGCGGCCCCUUCAACAUGCUGGAGUUUUCCAAGAAGUAUUUCCGAGAAGGGCAGAGGGCAAAGAUGGAUCCCAACAAGCAGAAAUCCAAAAAAAGUGGUGAAUCGAAUGGCAUGGCAGAUAUUCUGAAAUUCACCAAGGCCCCCAUCCAGGAGUCGCUCAUUGAAUUCACAGACAGCAGCCUGAACAAAAUAGCUGCAGAAACUUUCCAAGCUGUGAUGAAGUUUAUGGGCGACCUCCCACUCAAAGGACAAACUGAGCUAGAGGUGGUGUGUGCUCUUCUCAAGCUCUGCGGAGACCACGAGGUCAUCAGGGACGAGGUGUUUUGCCAGAUCAUCAAACAGAUCACGGACAACAACAGCACCAAGACGGACAGCUGCCAGAAAGGUUGGAGGCUGCUCUACAUCCUGAGUGCCUAUUACAGAUGCUCUGAAGUCCUCCGACCGUAUUUGCUGCAGUUCCUCCAAGAAAUCUGCAACAGUCCCAGCUUGCAUUUCCAAGGCAUCGCCAAGGCAUGUGAGCAGAACCUGCAGAAAACCUUUCAGUUUGGUGGCCGCUGCGAGUUCCCCAGUAACAUGGAGCUCAAAGCCAUGGUGGCCGGAAGGAGCUCCAAGCGGCAGCUGUUCCUCUUACCGGGAGGGAUUGAGAGGCACCUCAAGAUCAAAACUUGUUCGGUUGCGCUGGAUGUGAUAGAGGAGUUAUGCUACGAGAUGGGACUACGCCGCCCUGAGGCCUUUGACGAAUACAUCAUUUUUGCUGUCGCCAACAGAAAUCAGAAUGUUCGGCCUUUGAACAAAAAGGAGUACAUCCUUGAUGUUGCCGUGGAAAUGGAGAACGUGGACAGUGGCUUCAUGUUCUGGUAUCGGCGCGUCAUCUGGGCCCAGCCGCUAAAGUUUGACAAUGAGCUCUAUGUCACCAUGCACUACAACCAGGUUCUCCCUGAUUAUCUCAAGGGGCUCUUCAACACUCUUCCUCCCAUGAGGCCGAGUGAGCAACAGUUCCAGCAAGUCUCCAAGCUGGCUGCUCUGCAGCACCGAGCAAAGGACAGCUUCUACCUGCCUACCGUGCGGGAAGUUCAGGACUACAUCCCGCCCCAGUUCUACCAUCUGCAGAAGGCCCAGUCGUGGCUGGACAUGGUCAUGCACCACAUGCAGCAAGCGCAGGCCUUGAGUGCCCACCAAGCUCGGGCACAGUUCCUAGGGCUCCUGAGCGCUUUCCCCAUGUUCGGCUCGUCCUUCUUCUACAUCCAGAGCUGCAGCAACAACACCAUCAUCUCCCCCUGCAUCUUGGCUGUGAACCAGAAUGGACUCAACUUCCUGAACAAGGAAACCCACGAACCCAUUGUGACAUUCUCCCUAAAAGAGAUCCAGUCCACACGCACCCAACGGCCCUCGGCUGGAUCCAGCUACCCCUACGUAGAGAUCAUGCUGGGGGGCUUGAUGUCCCAAAGGAUCACGCAGCUGCAGCUGGAACAGCUUAACCUUCAGAUGGGCCUGGAGCUUUGCCGAGUAAUCGCCACCCACAUGGAGAGCUUGCUGCACGCCCGCGAAAAGCGACUCACGCUCCCUCCGAGCGAGAUCACGUUGUUGUGAAUGGACUGGCCACACACCUCUUCCUUCCUCCCACUCUCUCUCUCUCUCUUGGCUGGCCCAAUACGUUUUGGUACCUGAGGCAAGCCACAAAGUGGUGCUUCCCCCC